CUCCCCAUUCUAAUGAGCAAGAAACAGUGCUAUUUCUACUGAAGGAAUUAUAAAUCCUAUUGAGAAAAACUAUUUCCGGUGUGUUUUGCCAAACAAUAGGAGGUUAUAAAGCCCCUUGUUUUCAGUAUGGAUCGUAGAUUCUCAAUGUGGGCCGAUGUGUCAUCAGCCGCUAUUACAACCGGCUUCAAAGAUAAAGAUGAAACGGGAAGAAAUGGAUUUAUACCAACGGCAACAAUCGAGAAAUUGCCGGACAAAGUUCUACUCAAAAUAUUCACUUAUCUUCCCCACAAAGAAGUUGGACGAUUAGCUAGAGUGUGCAAAAAAUGGAGGAUGAUUUCAAGUGAUUCAAGACUAUGGACACACGUAUCGUUACGACCUGAUGUAUCUGGAUUACAUGUUACAAACAUUGAAACCCUACUAGCCCUAAUUGCAGUACGCUUCGGACCAUCAUUGCGUUAUAUAGAAUUACCAAUCGAAUUGAUUACCCAUACAGUACUUCAAGAAUUGGCUUAUAAAUGUACUUCUCUUACUCACAUGUUACUUGAUUUUUCAACUGCUAUGCAACUUCAUGACUUUAGUGAUUUACAAACAUUUCCCAGCAGGCUGCGGACAAUGUGUAUUUGCUUAUCAGAAGUUAUUUUUAUGGAAGGUUUUAUGCGAAAAAUUUACAACUUCAUCAAUGGGCUAGAAGUUUUACAUCUUAUAGGUAAGUAUUGUUAUUUUAAAAUAGCUCUAAAAAGUGAACACGUGAUGGCAGCUGAAUGGGAUAAAACAGUACUUCAGGAAUUAGACAUUACAGCAACUGAAUUGUCCUCUGAUUGUCUAAUAGAUCUUCUGACGAAAUUACCUGCUCUUCGAUAUCUAGCAGCAGGCCAACAAGACGGAUUUACAGACCAGGUAUUGAAAGAGUGGAUUGAAAAAGGAAAUAUUAAAAGUCUAGUUGCCCUUGAUCUUGAUAGAAAUGAAAACAUAUCAGAAGAAGCUUUAACGAUAUUUGUCAAAAUUCAAGGACCAAUGCUAAGAGGACUAGGAUUAUCUAAUAUUCCACAUUUAACAGAACACUUUUGGAAUGCUAUGUUACCAAUGCUAAGAAAUACUAAAAUUUUAAUUAUGGGUAUGCCAGAAGAUUGCUGCCCAAAGAUAUCUCAAAAGAUACACGUGGAUUCAUUGAUGGAAUCAAUAGCUAACAACUGUUCCGGAUUAGAAAGGUUAGAAAUCAGAUGGGAUGCUGAUACACUGAGAUUCAGUGAUCGUUCAAGCAAAGCCAUUGACUUGGUUCGUGUCAAGUGUUUAAGACUUCAUUGUAUGACUCUUGCUGAAGGGAAAUAUUUCGAAUUAGUGAAAUCAAACUUCUCAAGAGCAGAUAGAGCAACAGUUGUAAGAACAACUACAAAUUGCAGAGUCACUCUAUGUUAUUUACUUUUAUAUUACAAAGAUCUUUUAUUUAAUUGAAAAUAACUCAAAGAUUUCAAAUUAUUUAAUUGAUAUUCUUGUUUAGUCUGUCGUUUUGUUUUCACAGGAAGUUUUUUUUUUUUCAAUCCAAAACUAAAUAAUAAAUUAAAUGAUACUAAUAAACAACGGUAUAAAUUAAUAAAUCAUAAAUAGAAAAUAAAUGAAAUUUCUAGGGGAAAAAAACAAUUUUUUAAAAAUAAAUUAGGUUUGUAGCAGCCAAUUUGUUCUACCUAAAAAGAGUACUUAUUCCUAGAAAGCGCAACAAAAUUACUUUAAAAUUACAAUUAUUCAGAGUUUAAGCAAUACACUCUUAAAAGUUCCUUUUAAUUGAAAAUGAAUCAGUUAUUAGAGAAAUAGCUAGAAAAAGCAUUUAUCUAUUUUAUAGAUAGAAUAUGACAAGUAUUUUAGGACCAUAAGCAUUUUAAAUUGUGCUGUAUUAUUCUGUCUUUCCAGUUAUUAAGUUACUUUUUUAAAAAAAAUUAAGACUCGUGUCAUCAAUUACCUAACGUAAAAUAACCUAAAACUCUAAUUAAAAGACAUUAAAAUAGAAGUAAAAGAAAAUUAAUGAUCAAUUUUAACUAUUCAGUUUUAUAAUAAAAUUAAUGCCAAUAAUUAAAAAUUAAUUAUCAGCAUAAUUUCGCGACUAGUGUCGUUUUUACAGCAAACGAAAUUGUGACUGCUGAAUUAUGUAAAUAUUUAUUUAAUCAUGUUAUUAAUGUUUAGUUGUAAUGAGACUCAUUUUUAUUUGCUUUAAUAGAUUUCUCUAUGUACAAUUGUGGCAAACCUACUGCUUACCAAAUUUUAUGUAUAUUAAAAAAAUACGACUUACAAGUAACCAAUUUAAAUCAAACAGAAAACAUUAUAGAAUAAACGUUUUUAAUUCUAUAAACCUUAAAUUGAUAUAUUUGUAUUUUAAAUUUAAGUAUGUGUAUAGUAGCAAUAUUGAUUUUUUACUAAUUUUCUUGAAAAAUUUUUUUAUAACCAUUAAUGUGUUCAAAUCACUUUUUUUCAGUUUGUCAGCAAAUAAAUUAAUAAAUAAAAGGCAUAAUUGAUGUUUUGGCGAAAUUAAAAUGAUGGAUGCGAAAUAAAAAUAUUUAUUUUAUUUUCAUAUCUAACUAUCCCAGUUUUUUAUUUAUAUGGCUGCAUUGAUAGAAGAGGUUCUGAAUUUGAAGGUGACUGUUUCCAAUUUAUUUCGGAGAAUUAUUUUAUGAGGAUGAGUUGAAAUCAAUAUUUUAUGUCACUUAAGUUUAAAUAUAAAGCUGUUGUGAUCUGAAAUACAGCUGUUCUCAUUUUUCAGGUAAAAAAAAAUAAUAAAUAAAUAAAAAAUCUGCAAUUAUAUUAUUCUUGUUUGUAUAGUUGAACUGAUCAUUUUACAAUACAAAACCUUAAAGUCUAUAAAGUGUAGUAUUUUUCGAACUAUGGUGCACUCUGUUUGGCAGCAAAAAUAAGCAGAGGGUGCAAUAGCUUUAAAUUAAAUUAGAAGUGAUUUAUAUAAACGUGGUAGAGUGGCUUCAUUUUUUAUUAAGUGGUGAAGAACAAUUUAAAUAAUAUCUUCAUUUUUUUUUUAAAAACUAUGCAUAACUUAGCGUAAUUUACAAUCUACUACUGUAAAAUAAUUUGGUUCUCAAAAAUUACUUUAAAAAGUAUUGAUAUUGUUGAAACUGGCGCUUUUAAAUGAGAAAAAGGAACACAAAACAUUAAGAAAACAAUUCUAUUAAUACAGGUUUUUAAUACCUAAUUAUUCUCUUUUUUUUAAAUACAAACUUUAAAAAAAAAACUACUAUUUUAAAGAAACAAUAAUUCGAUAUCAUUAAAUUGUAAGGUGUGAAAAAAUGUAAGUCAUUUUUACCAUUUUUCUUAAAAAAAUAUAUAUUAAUGUGAAAGUUUCUCCAUAUUCAACAUUAAGAGACAACAGCUUUAAAAAUAAUUAUUUCUUUCCAUAUAAGUUCCAUUUCCCAGAAAACAUUUUGAGACAAUUCUUCUGAAAACUAUGUAUGUCAUUUUUCUAUGAAUACAGCCAUUGGUAAGAUAAAGAAUCAGACAUUUAAUAAUAACAAUCUAUAAAAUAUAUGAAAAAUAUAUUUUAAAUUAGUAUUUUUUUGAAUGUUGAUAUGCAAGGCCCUGUUCAUUACAUAUGUAUAUAUUUUCAAAUCUUCUAUUACUUCUUUUUAUUUAAAGCUAUCACCCAAUAAAGAUGAUUGAUUUCUUUUGAA